GAGAGGGACGGCCUGGCACACUGAAGCCAGGUUCCAGGACUCAUGGGGGUUGCUGGCUUCCGGGGCAGCCAGUGGACAGGAAUCCUUCUUUCAGCCUCACUUCUGACCACAUGGAACCUUCCAGCUGCAGCCCAGUCCACCCAACCUACCAGCCUGUCAUUUUACCUCACCCAAAGGGAGACAGCCUCACUUCUGACCACAUGGAACCUUCCAGCUGCAGCCCAGUCCACCCAACCUACCAGCGUGUCAUUUUACCUCACCCAAAAAGAGACAGCAUCACUAGCCAAGCCCACCCUUUCGGUCAACCCAGACACUGUCACAGAGCAGAAGGAUAUGGCAACCUUCUACUGUGACACCGCGGUUGAGAACGCCACCAUCCGCUGGAUCUCCAACAACCUCUACCUUGUGUUGAAUGAGCGCAUGCAGCUGUCCAAAGAUCACAAGACCCUCAGGAUCCUCAUAGUCCAGCGGGAGGAUUUUGGAACGUACCAGUGUGAAGUUCAGCUUGGUCUUGAAGCAAAGAGCAGUAACGAAGUCACACUGUGUGUGAACUAUGGUCCUGACCCUGUGGCAAUCAAGUUGGACUCUGGUGUAGCCAGUGGGGAUGUGGUUGAGUUGAUGGAGGGCAGCAAUGUGACAUUUCAGGUGGAAACACGGUCUCAACCGGCUCCUUCCUACACCUGGUAUCUUCCCACUGACUCCAUCUACCCCACCACGGAAACAUUCACCAUCAAUGCUGUGUCCAGGGAACAUGAGGGCAUGUACAGAUGUCUGGUGGUCAACAAUGUCACCCAGCUGUCCCAGCUGGGUGUUGUCCAAGUCCGAGUGCUUGAUCCCCAGUCAUCUUCCCUUUCUUCGGGAGUCAUAGCGGGCAUCGUCAUUGUGAUCGUGAUGGCCAUGGCUGUGGUGGCUGGCCUGGGCUGCUUCCUCUACCGGAGGAGACGGACCCGGAGGAGAUCAGCAAAUGAUGUCAUGCCUGAGGCCACACAACCCACUUCUAUGAAUGAGUGCCGUCGAGAUCCCAGACCCAAUCUGGGCUAUGACAACCCAAGGCCUGUGUAUGACAAUGUUCCAGAACCCCAAAGAUGGAUCAGAGACACAAAGAUGCCACCACCUGUCCUCCCAGAACAGCUCUAUGAGAGUAAACCACCUUCAGCAGCUCCUGAAGGCUCUAGGAAGCCACUUUCCCAAGUCCCAAAGCAACCACUGAUGCCCCCUGUCUCCCCUCAAAGAAACAUGGAGUCAGACUAUGAGACACUGAUGAAUCCAGAUCCUGAUACUUACUGCACGAUCAAACCCUCCAUCUAAAGGAAGCUGGUAUCUUUUUCCCAGAAGCUCCAGAGAAACCACACUCGGUCACAGACUCAUGGAUGAGUGCACAUUAUAAUCCAGCCAGUCGAUGCCUCCUUUAUGGAACUCAUUACGUGCUGUUUCAGUGGGCUGACCGAGCUCUGGACUCUGGGUUCCACCAAGUCUUAGGCUUUGACUCAUAUCUCAUUAAAAGCAACAGAGCUGCUGGGGAAAGGGCUCAGCAGUUAAGAGCACUUGCAGCUCUUCCAGAGGAUCUGA